AUGGACUCUUCUUCAUCACCGCCAAACAACAACAACUCUCUCGCUUUCUCUCUUUCCAAUCACUUCCCAAACCCUUCUUCCUCUCACUCUACCUCUCCUCUCUCCCUUUUCCACUCCUUCACCUCCUAUCCAUCUCUCACCCUCACAGGCAACAGCACGGUGGAUGCACCACCGGAGGCAGCAGGCCGCGGAGGGGCCACCAACCUCUCCAUAUUCACCGCUGCUCCCAAGUUCGAGGACUUUCUAGGCGGUUCCGCCACAGCAGACACCACCGCCACGGCUGCACCGCCACAACUCCCGCAGUUCUCCACUGACAACAACCUAUACGAAUCGGAGCUGAAGACAACUAUAGCCGCGUGCUUUCCUCGCGGCUUCGCCGCAGAAACAAGCACCGAACCUCAAAAGCCGUCUCCGAAGAAAACCGUGGACACCUUCGGCCAGCGCACUUCCAUCUACCGUGGCGUCACCAGGCACAGAUGGACCGGGAGAUAUGAAGCUCAUCUAUGGGACAAUAGUUGUAGAAGGGAAGGACAGAGUAGGAAAGGAAGACAAGUUUAUUUGGGUGGUUAUGACAAAGAAGAUAAGGCAGCUAGAGCUUACGACCUCGCUGCUCUCAAGUACUGGGGUCCAACCACCACCACCAACUUUCCGAUUUCCAACUAUGAGAAGGAGCUGGGGGAGAUGAAGAACAUGACGAGGCAAGAGUUUGUUGCUUCUCUGCGAAGGAAGAGCAGUGGUUUCUCUAGGGGGGCCUCUAUAUACAGAGGAGUGACGAGACACCACCAGCAUGGCCGAUGGCAGGCGAGAAUAGGCAGAGUUGCCGGAAACAAAGACCUCUACCUUGGCACUUUCAGCACUCAAGAGGAAGCUGCGGAGGCCUAUGACAUUGCAGCUAUCAAAUUCAGGGGGUUAAAUGCAGUGACAAACUUCGACAUGAGUCGCUACGACGUGAAGAGCAUUGCGAACAGCACACUUCCCAUUGGGGGUUUAUCCAGCAAGAACAAAACCUCCGGAGAUUCUGCAUCUGAGAGCAAAAGCCACGAGGCAAGCCGAUCCGACGAACGAGAUCCAUCGUCAGCUUCAUCCGUGACCUUUGGAUCACAGCAGCAGCAGCAGCAGCCUUCCAGCUCUACCUUAAGCUUUGCCAUCCCUAUCAAGCAAGACCCUUCAGAUUACUGGUCCAUCCUGGGGUACCACAAUCCUACCCUGGACAACAGGGGGGUCAGGAACACUACCAGUGUUACUACAACUUCACCCUUCCAAAUGGACCUCUCAAGUGCCCCCUCAAGUACCGGCAGUGAAAACAACGCCGCGUUUUUCAGUGGAGGAGGCGUCUUUGUUCAGCAACAAAGUGCUCAUGGUCACGCUAAUGCUAAUGGUCAUGGUCAUGGAAAUGGAAGCAGUGGUUCUUUAAGCUGUUCAAUCCCAUUCGCCACGCCCAUCUUUUCUCUAAAUAGCAAUACUAGUUAUGAGAGCAGUGCUGGUUACGGCAACUGGAUUGGACCUACUCUGCACACAUUCCAAUCCCAUGCAAAACCAAGUCUCUUUCAAACCCCAAUAUUUGGCAUGGAAUGAGCUCAUGCACGAGGUAGGAUGAGAAUCUGUGCAUAUAAUGAUGAAAGGGGAAGGAAAGAAGUGGUGAUGGGGUUUUAGCAUGCAACACAACGCAAUGCAACGCAAGGACGAACGGACCAGUCUCUUUAGCUGAUGCACCAUUUCAAUGAGUUGGACUGACACUCAUAAUUCAUCACAACCGUAGCUAGACCUAGCUGACACUGUACUAACUCAAACUUCCUUUGUUGUGUUUUCUAUCAUUUCUCUUUCUUUUUUUCUUUUUUUUUUCUUUUACGCCUUUAGCUUUUUGUCCCUGUUAAUAUACUGACAUGAUUUCAUGAGUAUAAUGGGAAGGAAAUCCUUUUGUGUAAUCCCUUUCAUCUUAUUUAUUUGUUGGUAUCACCUUGCCAUCCAUGCGAAAAGCAUUCAAUGCCUACAUAUAUUGCAGCA